AUGAUGUGGCACAAAACUUUUUUUUUUUAAAUUUACUGGCAAAUCAGAAGAGGGGCUAAGGCUAUUAUUUUGUUUUGCCUUCCCACAAGGCUCCUCACCACAAAAUAUGGCUUAGAAAGAUCUUUUGUUCCUCCAGCUGUGUUAGGCUAUUUCUCAGAUGAUUUCACCAGCACAGUAACUUGCUGCCCUCUACAACUUGAGCUUCAGAGACUUCCAAAGAGUAAGUUUUCUUGGAUACAACAUACAAAUUUAAAUAUGGGGAUUAUGAGCCAGCUAUCAAUCAUUCACCUCCUCUGGGCUGCUCUGGUCUUUUGUCAAUAUGAAGACUAUGAUUUUGAGGAUGAUUAUGAUGAGGAGCCAGAUCAUCAACAUCCGUAUUAUUUUAAUCCAAAUACACAAGCUGAAGUUCCUCGCUUUCCUUUUCCAGUUGAGUGUGCCAAAGAAUGCUUUUGUCCACCAGCUUUUCCUUUAUCAAUGUACUGUGAUCAUCGUAAACUUAAGACAAUACCAAAUAUACCUACUCACGUCCAACAGCUUUAUCUGCAAAACAAUGAUAUUGAAGCUGUACCUGCAGGACCAUUCACUAAUGGUACCUUCUUAAGAGAAAUUAACCUCAGCCACAACAAAAUUAAAUUUCAUAUGAUUGACCAUGGUGUUUUUGCCAAACUUUCAAACUUAGUGCAACUUCAUUUACAACAUAAUGAAUUAGAAGAAUUUCCCUUCCCACUCCCCAGCUCUCUAGAGAGACUCCUUCUUGGUUUCAAUAAGAUUUCUCAGUUAUCUGGAAAUGCACUGGAAGGAUUACCUAACAUAACCAUGCUUGACCUUUGCAAUAAUUUUCUUGACGACUCAGUACUCAAAGGAAAACCCUUUUCAAACAUGAAAAAUUUAAUGCAGAUCAACUUAUGCAACAACAAAUUACAGACUAUGCCUCCUGAUCUACCAUCAUCACUUAUGUAUCUCUCUCUUGAAAAUAACUCUAUUUCUUAUAUACCAGAAAACUAUUUCAACAGACUUCCAAAAAUCAUUGCUCUCAGAAUGUCCCACAAUAACCUGCAGAACAUUCCACGCAACACUUUUAAUCUACCCAACCUUCUAGAACUUAAUCUUGGACAUAACAAGUUGAAACAAGUAUUCUAUAUUCCAAGAAGUUUGCAGCAUUUGUAUAUUGAAGACAACGACAUUGAAAUCAUAAAUGUUACCUUGAUGUGUCCAUCUAUUGAUCCAAUGAACACCAACCAAUUAACCUAUAUACGGGUGGACCAAAAUAAGCUUACGAUUCCAAUAAGCACAUAUGCCUUCUUUUGCUUCCCUCACAUUCGAACCAUUUAUUAUGGUGAACAAAACAUUAAUGUCAACAAGUCAACUCAGCUAAGAACACCAGUGUUUCGACGAUUUUUAACACCAGAAGAAUAUGAUGAAGCAGAAGACGAUCAUGAAACGCAUGAUCAUGAAACUGAAGAAGAUCGUGAUGCGGAAGACAACUACUUUCAUCCUUACUUUCAGUGA